AACAGUGCCCCAUCAUUAGUGUCAGUGGGGGGAGGAAUAGUGCCCCAUCGUUGGUGUCAGUUGGGGGGAGGAAUAGUGCCCCAUCGUUGGUGUCAGUGGGGGUGGAAUAGUGCCCCAUCGUUGGUGUCCGUGGGGAGAGGAAUAGUGCCCCAUCGUUGGUGUCAGUGGAGGGUGGAAUAGUGCCCCAUCGUUGGUGUCAGUGGAGGGUGGAAUAGUGCCCCAUCGUUGGUGUCAGUGGGGGGAGGAAUAG